UGUGCUUUGCUCUGUCCUUUGUUUGGUGCAGAAAUCACCUAAUGUAUACGUUGUCCGUCGUGUUCAUGCGUCUGAAAACAAGAUGAAGCCGUCAACUGUCACUCCGCCUUUUGCAAUUGUGCAUUUUGUGUUGCGCAAUGAAGUCGAAGUUAUCCCGUGCUCGUGGCUGUCCGGGAAUACAUGCAUGUGGCCAAACUUACCAAGCCACAAAGUCGAAAAGCUCAUAAGAAAAGGAUGUCCUCCUGGAAAUUCCUGCCAAGAAGUUGAGGUGGAAGUGAAAGGAAUCUUCAAAUGUUACGAGGAUGCCAGAAAGAUGCUUCCCGUUUCCGAAUAUACCUCUGACCUCGUGGAUGAACUACCCCCAAAGAGGACCAGACGUCCCAAGGUGUUCGAAAGUUCUUCAGAUGACGACUUUCCUUCGGUUCCUCCAAGCUUUGCAGCCAGGGAAAAGUUGCUUCCCAAACGCACACCAGUGCAUGCUGUUACCUUGGGUGACUCCGAACCUUCUACCCUUGUUGAUCACAGGGAUUCAUCUAUGACAGGGACACGUAAGUGAAUUUAAUUUUCCAUUAUUAGCAUGCCAUCCAUUUUCCAGAGUUUUAGGUGAAGCUUUUUUAAUAUCUGAAAGCUGCAUUUUUCAGAUCGUGAGCACUGUCCAGGUCCAGCGGACGGAAGAAUAUUCGGAACUAGAGGGAGCUUCGUUCAGAACUGGUUGUGCAGGCGAUUCACCACCAAUCACUUGUAACCAACGAAGUAGCCAGGUUCCACAACGACAGCUACAUACCGGUAAUCAUACAAAACUGAUCAGAGAAUUCAUUCAA